AUGGCCACUGCAGCAAGGAGUCCAAGCGAGAAGAGGCCUGUGGGGAAGGCUGUGCCCGGACGCUUCCUCUCCCAGUUGGCAGCUGCACUGAACAAUCCAACCAUCAAGGCGCUGGAGUGGGACGAGGACGGGCAAGGAGUGGUUGUGAACACCAAGCUGUACGAUGAAGAAGGUCAGAAGCACAAAGAGCUCUUUCCGGAGCUGAAACCCCUGCGAUCUGUCUCCGUGCUCCAGGCAUGGCUGCUGACCUCUGGCUUUAAAGCAAAGGCAGUGAAGGCUGAUCCUGCAGUACCUGUUUUCCAGCACGCUGACUUCAGGAAGCUGCCUCCCAAGGCAGGGGAGGUGGACUCUCCCCUCGCUACCAGGCAGCACAAGAAAGCCAAGAAAAGGAAAAGCUCGUCAGACCUCCCUGCUUCUGCAGCCAGCAUGGCAGCGGCUCUGCCCCCGGACACACUGCGCACGGACAGGAGACCACAGCGCUUGCGACCCUUAUACCAGUACAUAAACUAUGACAACCCGGAGCUGAACAGCCCUUCGGAGGAUGAGAGCGACACACCAGGGACAGCUGUACUGGGGGAUGCUGUGGGAGCCCCAGACAGGGCAGACACUGAGGAGUCAAAAGAGUCUCACCACGCAGGAACAAAAAGCGAUAAUCCAGAGAGUUGCUCCCCAGGAACUCCACCCCAGGCAGCGGUCGACAAGUCAACACAAGUUGACAUCGACAAGAUGCUGAGUGUCUGUGCAGCUCACCUGGUGCCACCACUCUCACCACAGUAUAAAUAAUCUCACAGGUUUCCUGCCUUGUCAGUUUAGCAUAAAAGAAGCCUGUUGACUUUCGGCCUUCUUAAAACUCUGCAGUGAACCCUUAAGACAGCUUUUGCCAAGCGUUUCUGGUAAAAGCCACUGCCUUUAUAAUGAGCUCCUGCAUCUCCCAGAUGCUGCUCAUUAUGGCUGGGAGGUGAGCAUUAACCUUUUGUGCCUUUCUGACUCGUUUAUGAAAUAAAGGGAGACUUUAAAAUUG